UGAAGAAUGGUGCCAGCAAAAUAAAAAGGAAUGCAGCAGAGAGAUGGGCAAAGAGCGCAGGCGACAAGGCAAGAGCAGAGCACAGAAGGAUGCAGAGCACCUGCAGCUGUUGCAGGAACUGGAGCUGGCGGACAGUUGUUGCAGCGUUUGCCACUGCGAUUGUUACAGUUCGCAUAGCAGCAGCAAUGGCCAGCCCGAGGAGGAGCUGCAGCAACUGGAGCAGGAAAUCAAGGUCUUAGAGCAACUGCAGGAGCGGGAGGAGCAGCAGCGACCCAAGAGUCGCAGUCGCAGUCGCAAUCGAAGCGCUCUCAAGUCACCAGCGAGCAAACAGACAGUGGCGCCUAGACGCAGCUCCGUUGAGUGUCAGUGUCCGCCUGAUUCGAGUGCCAAGAGCAGACGCUCUAAAAGUGCUGGAAGCGAAGGAAGGCUGCGAGUGCAAAGGGAGGGCAAACAGGAGGUGCAAGCAAAGUUGCCAACGAAGACGCGAGCAAACCGCGGACCCCAACGAGACUGUCAAAUGCUGCAGUCAGUCUAUGGCGCUUUGUCUGCCAGCAAUGUGUCCGGCUUGGCCAUCUGCGGACGCGGCAAGUCCAAGUCCCAGGAGCACUUGGCGCUGGUGCCGUUGCAUCAAGCGCAGGCACAGCAGCAAUCUCUGAACACACUUAGCGCUUCCAUGGCCAAUCUAUGCUUGUCCUCCAAGGAAGUGCGCGCUGCCUACGAGCGCGUGCCCAGCCACGACCAGAAGAUACUCAACCGCAUGGUAGUGAAGCGCAACCAGCAGGCCUUGGACAAGGAGCACGCCUGGCUGGCGCGCAAGUAUUGGGAGAACGAGCGGCUGGAGCGGGAGCUGCUCAAGUGCGAGCAGCUGGAGGAGUACAAGCGCGCCAUACAUGACAAACAGUUUCAGGACUACCUUGUGACCAAGGCGCGCUUGCAGGCGCUGGCGCAGCGCGAUUUGGCGCAACUGCAGCAACUGCGCGGCGCGUUGGAUGAAAAGGAUUCGAAGCUGAAGGACCGCUUGAAGGCCAUGCGCAUGGAGCGUGAGUUGACACUCUGCCAGCGUCGCUGCGAGGAGUCGCGCCGCAGUGAGGCUGUGAUCCUGCAACAGGAGGAGCAGCAGCUGGACGCCACCAUUCGCAAGCGGGAUAUUUGCAUGCGCUUGACGCAGCGUCUGCAACGCGCCAAUGAGCUACGCAAUCAACUCCUGAGCAGCUACUUGCAGCGCCUGCAGCAUCAGAACAACUUGCAACAGCUGCAGCAUGAGGAGCACUGGCGGGAGCGUCAGUCCCUGGAGCGUCUGAAGCUCGAGCAACUGCGUUCGGAUAUUCAACGCAAGGGGAAGCAAUCGCAACGCUUUGUCGAGUGCCGCCAGCGCCACCAUGAGGCGCGUUUUCGCACUGCGAAGAUCUCGGCCAGCCUUAGGGAGCUGGUGCGCCAGUCGGUUACUCCAGAGACGGGCCUGGAUCAGCAGGCCAUUGGCUUCUACUCACAGCUUUAG